AUGUCAGAACAGACACCAAAUCAAAGACCCCUAAUAACUCAAGACGAAAUCAAUCUCGAAAUGCUCGCAGAAGAUCUUUCCACCGACUCAGAAGACGGCGGCAUGUACCUUGAUUUGGCCGAUCCAGAAGCAGCAAUCUACUACCGAACAGAAGAUGAUCCCGAGUUCGGUCCACAGCAAAUAAUUCGUGAUGACCGCGAUGAAAAUCGGUUCUCGGCUCGAGCACCCCAGCCAAGCAGUUAUUCUCAGCAACAGAAUCAGAUUAGCCAGGCUAUUCCCCAAGGACACAUUGAGAAAGAUAUAGUGUCAGACACGACCUAUCGUUCCUACGUCGAAACAGAGGAAGAACACGCUGCUUUAACCGUUCUUAAUGAUCCAGAGCUACUUACAAUGUACGCUUGCAAGUCUAAUCUGUCCAUCCCCCAAACCCGCCGCCGCUUCACAGCAAAAUGGAUCUCAAAAGGCGACCGCUCCCUAGAAAAAGACCUAAUAAGUUCUUCCUUCACCAUCCCCCUCGACAAAGCACAUCUAGUACCCGAUAUCACCGAAGAAAACAUUCGCUCAGGAUACAUCCAGCAAGCGGUGGGAUGGAACGGGAACCCUGCAUAUCUUGUUCCGGGCGAGUGGAAGAUGAAAGUCGAUCAUGAUAUGAGUGGGUGGUGGCAUCCUGGGCAUCCUAAGUCAAGGGAUCCGAGGGGAUACAAGCAUGGUGGAUCGGGAUCGAGGUCGGGGUCUGAGUCUGGUUCUGGGAAUGGGAGGAGGAAGAGUGCUAGGAGGGGGUAUGAGGUUGGGGUUCAGUUUGGGGAUUUGAUUAGUUAA